AUGGAGACUAAUAAUAAUGAAGAAAUGUACUACCCACGAUCCCCAACUCGUUUUGUAGAUGAUGAGGAAGAAGUGGGAGAUUCACUAUUUAUUUCCAAUAAUAAUUCACCAACAAUGACAAUAAUAAGGAAUCCUUUUGAUGUACCAACAACCUCAACAAUAAGUGCUUUUGGGAAUGUUGAUACCAAUGAUAAUAUGGAUUUUAAUUACCAGAUGAAUGAACAACAUGAAGAGAGCAUUCUUCCACCUCAACCACAACUUUCUGCUUGUUCUCACAGCUAUCCCGAUAAUAUUAAUGAAUUUGCUGUUGAGAAUGUUGAUGAAUUAAUGCAAAUCGGAAAAGUAUUUAAUGUAGUUGAAAAGAAGGUUACUAUUGAAGUUAUUGUUGAUAAGAAUUCCAAGGUUAAUGACUUGGUUUCACAAAACAAUGUAAAUUUAAGGGAAAAUAAUUCAUUGGAUCCUGAUUUGAUUAGAAAACAACUUAAACUUCAAGUUGGUGCCUUGUUAUUUACAAAGGAAGGAAAACCAAUAGGAAAGAUUACAGAUAUCUUUGGAACUGUGACAAAACCAUUCUAUGUUUUAACUUAUCCUGAUAUUUCGACAAUGAGAACUGCUUUCAACAUUCCACAAGAAAUCAUUACUUCCUCCAGUGAGCCAGCUUCUAAGAAAGAAGAACCUGCUCAACCACCAUCAACACCUACCAAACAAAAAUCAGAUUCAAAAUUGUCCACACCAAAAAAGACUGAUAUUGAAGAUAUUGAUGACUUUUUCGCAAUUCCUGACCCAAGAGAAUUGAAAGUUGUCGAAUUGAAACCUUACCUCCAAAGAAGAGGUCUUUCACCUUGGGGCAAGAAGAAGAACUUGAUUGCUAAAAUCAGAAAAUUCGAAAGAGACAAACGAAAGAACCAACAAAAGGGUAGUAAUAGCGAUAGUGAUGAUGACAGUUCUAACAGUGAUAGCGAAAGUAGUAGCAGUGAAGAAGAGGGAACAACCUUAUUCACCCCAAAGAAACAAGAACCAAAAACUCAAGGUGGUGAAAAGUUUGCUUUAAGAAGCCUCAAAGAUUUGGAAGGAAUGGAAAGCGAUGAAGAAGAACAUGAUACUAAGAAAGAUGAAAAGAAAAAUAAUAACACUUCAAACACAACUGAAAAGUUAUCUCAAAGUGAAAUUGCUAGGAUUAAGGAUUUUGGGCUCAUUUACUGUCAUAAUUUUCACAGUGCUAGAUUGGAUGAAACCAGUACUCAACACAUGAUCUUGAAUCAUACUAAGGCUUACGAUGCAAUGUUUAACUCGGAUGAUAAGACUGAAGUCAUGACAUUCUCAGAUGAUGAGGAUGAAAGCGCCUUCAAACAUCAAAAGAAGGAAGAAAGAAAGAAUCCACCUCCUCCAGUUCCAGUCUUGAAGAGAAAGUAUGAUGAAGCUCUCACUACUACUUCAGCCUCAGAGGAAAAGCAAGCAGAAACACCAACUAAGGUUUCCAAGAAAUUACCAUUUAUUGACAUUUCAGAAGCCAAGCAACAAGAAAAGGCCAACAUUGAAUCAACAACCUCUCAACAACCACCUGUUCAAAACGAGAAUGAAAAUGCUCCAACAAUUUCUGAGAGUAUUGAAGAAGAACCAAAACCUCAAAUUACCCCUAAGCAAACCCAAAACACUAAAUCAACACCUAAAUCAAGAUCAACAACCAAAACAGCAGGAUCAUCCUCGGCAGCAAGAAAGCCACGUGCUAGACAGUCCACUGCAGUUAUUCAAACAACUCAAGAUGAGGAACCUUCAUUCUUAUCUAAAUGGUGUCUUAUCAUGUAA